AUGAUAGGGAAACAAGCGCAUGGCUCAACACCUGAUGUUGGUUUAAAUGCUGGGACUUACUUGGCUAAUUUUCUGACGCAAUUGGUCUUUACUGGUGAAGCCGCCGCUUUUUUACAAAUUUUAGGUCAUACAGCACAUUUAGAUUAUUUCGGCAAAAAAAUGGGCUUGGCCUUUAAUCAAGCUGAAAUGGGACCUUUGGUCGUGAAUUAUGGUUUACAGAAAUUUGUCAGUGGCGAGGAUGGUUACUUUAGUAUCAAUAUCAGAUAUCCAAUUGGUAUUACUGAAAAACAAAUGCUUGCCAUUAUUCAACGAAGUGUCAAAACCUUGCAUAGUAGCGUGACAGUCAAAAAGGAUGAAUUGUUGCCACAUUUGACGCCCAAAAACGAUGCUGUGAUUGAAACUUUGUUGGCCAGUUAUGAAACAGUGAUGGGUCAACCCACGGUUCUGCAUUAUUCAACUGGUGCAUCUUACGGUCGAUUAAUUAAGCGUGGUGCUGCUUUUGGAACACGAUUUGCGUGGCAAACAACAACGGCGCAUCAAGCAAAUGAAAAAUAUGAUUUAGAGAAUUAUCCAAAAGCAAUGGCUAUUUUAGUGGAAAGUAUCUACCGAUUGGGAAAUAUAGAAUGA